AUGACACCUCACCACUUCUCAAGCAGUCUUUCUGUCAGAAGCAGGUAUGAAAUAGUUCGGGGGAGCGACCCUUCGAGUAGCGCAGUCAGGCGAGCGCUUCGCAUGACGUUGUCUGGCCUGCGCAUCAGUCAAACAAGGCAGCGUUUUUAUGGGAGUAGCGCACGGCUGGAACAGAGGUUGCGGGUCUCGCGCUUCCCCGCUGGGGCUAUCAUGAAACGCAUAGUCUCCUAUAAUGACUCGCUUGCUUUCGUUGCUGAGAUCCAGAGUGAAUUAUCCAGACGCCAAAAACAUACUGGGGAGGAACGAACGCUAACGGAAGCGUCGACGGACGCUGCUGCCGGGAACGCUCGCUCGUUCAGCGGUACGCUUGCCACAGCGCCAGAGCAGGGGGCCGUAGCGUCCGCAAGUUCUUGUUUAGAACAGUUAGACUUGCAAAGGGUGGCCUCGGAACCGUCUCCACCAGGUGUUGUCCCUGAGACACACGUCGAGCGAAACACCGUGGCUUCGGAGCCGGCCAAGAAAGCAGAGCCCCCAGCUGCCGAGGGUGCACCCGCCACGCAUUGGACACCGCUCUCGCCUGCGCAGCAAACAAAUCCCUCAGGCAGCGGAACUGGAGACCAAACUGCUGAAGCAUCUGGUGCUUUUCCAACGUCUCAAUAUGACACGAGUGCAGCGGGUUGGCGCUCGCGCUGGAACGUCGGCUCAGAGUCGCCGUCUUUGGCACCGCUCGCUGCUGCUCCGAGUCCCAGAAGCUUUUCUAACGAGCGCGAGGAAGACGCUGUGAGCGCAGAUUCGUCAUUGCUUGCAGGCGGUGGACGGGUGGAAACCGAGCGAACGCCGGUGCUCGCUGAGGAAUCAUUCCCAUUGGCUGUAGACUUCGACGCCGACAACUCCUCUGAGGCCUACGGCGGUAUCCAAGAUGCCUUCAUUGACCGGCACCGUGCGGCUCGACCGCAAUACCAUCGAACACUUGCGUAUAGCGGCGAGGGCGAGGGCACCGGCACCGGGAAUCGUCUCGCGGACAUUGACCCAGGUGCCUCGUGUGAACCGCCACAGCACCUGGCUACAUCCCGUGCGCUACCGCCCGAUUCUCGCCACGUACCUGAACGAGAGCAACAGCACCACGAACACCAAGAGCAAGAGCAGUGUACCUUGGUGGAAGCGCAGGCCGCCGCUGGAUCGAUGCACUCCGGAACAGGCGACGAGGUCCUAGCAGCGUCUUCGACUCUUCGUCGCAUCGAGUCUCAGGCAAAGCGCGUUUCCAGCGCACUCGACCUUCCAGAAAUGGCGCAACCAGCCGGCCAAACAAAGUACAUGGUUCGCAAACUGGUGAUUGUGAUGGCAGGGCUACCUGCCAGGGGCAAGUCCCAUAUCGCCCAACAGGUUGCGAGGUAUCUGAACUGGCUCGGUCACCGUACAGCGAUCUUUAACGUGGGCGUCAUGCGACGCCGCCUCAUGAAGAGCAGCGAUUGCGAUGCAUCUUUCUUCUCGCCCGAAAACGAUGAGGGCAUGCGCUUGCGCUGGGAGUUUGCCCGCCGUACACUCCAUGAGAUGAACCAGUGGCUUUUCGGUGAGAACGGCCAAGUGGGCAUCUACGACGCCACCAACAGUACCAAAAUGCGCCGACGUUUUGUCCGGGAGUACCUCGAAAAUCUGGGUAUCCGAGUCCUCUUUCUUGAGUCCAUUGUGAACGAUGAACGCAUUGUAGAACAGAAUAUUCUCGCUACGAAACUGAAUUCACCGGAUUAUCGCGACCGAGAUGCUGACUACGCGGUCCGCGACUUUAAGAAUCGUCUGAGAAACUACGAACGCGCCAAUGAGACGAUCACCGAGGACGAGGGGUGCAGCUACGUCAAAAUCAUUGACGGCGGCAAGAAGUUUGUAUUGUAUAAUCUCAAAGGUCACCUCCAGAGCAAAAUUGUCUCCUACCUCACCAGCGUGCAUAUCGUUCCGCGUCUGAUCUACCUCUCCCGACACGGAGAGAGCGAGUGGAAUGUCACCGGACAACUUGGCGGUGAUCCACCGAUCACGCGUCGUGGUGAAGCGUACGCCAAGCGACUCAGUGAAUUCCUCCAACGAGAGUUCCAAGGCAGACCGCUGCCCACGGUCUGGUGCUCUCAGUUGCGACGCACUUGGCUCACAGUGCGUCACAUUCCCACCGAUAUCUGCAUCUGCUGGCGCUCGCUGAACGAAAUCAACGCGGGUAUCUGCGAAGGCAUGACCUAUGAGCAGAUCAAACGCGAGCUUCCCGAUGUCUGGGAGGCGCGCAAGGCCGACAAGCUCCGCUAUCGGUAUCCCAGCGGAGAAUCGUAUCUUGAUGUGAUCCAUCGAGUCGAACCGAUAAUUCUGGAAAUUGAACGUCAAACCAAACCUCUUCUUAUUGUUGCUCACAAUGCGAUUAUUCGGAGUAUCUAUGCUUUCUUCAAGGGCCUCAAGCAGGAGCAGGUGCCGUACGUCGAUAUUCCCCUGCACACCCUGAUUUGUCUGCGAACACGUCCAUACGGCUGCGACGAGCGACGCUAUAAGCUGCUGACUGACGAGGUCCCGAUCGAUCGAGCGCGAACACCUGAACCGAGCGACUCGGAGGGCCACCCCAGAGACCACCGUGAUGCAGCGGAAGCCGCUCCGAACUGUGCGGUAAUCGAGCGCGUCUGGUUCGAUGAUAUCGAGACGAUUCCCUGA